GGCGCGGGUGCGGCCAUGCCGCGGCUGCCGCUGGGCGGCCCGGGCGGGGCGGCGGGGAUGUCGCUGCCGCGGCUGGAGAAGCCGAUCAAGCAGGCCUUCUACAACACCGGGGCGCUGCUGUUCGCGGGGCUGUGCUGCGGCGCCGCCGUGCUCGUGUACUUCAUCCUGGAGGCGUUCCUGCGGCCGCUGCUCUGGGCCGUGCUCUGCGGCACCUUCCUGCACCCCUUCAAGACCUCGCUGACGGCGCUGGGGCGGCGCUGGCUCGGCCGCCUGCACCGCUCCCGCACGCCGGUGCUGCUGGCCGCCCUCCUGCUGCCCAUCUGCUUCGCCAACUACAGCGUGGAGGCGCUGGGCGAGCAGGUGCUGCGGCGGCGGCGGCUCCUGCUGCUGCUGGGCGCCGGGGGGCCGCUGCUCUACGGGCUCUACUGCUUGGGCAGCUCCCUGGGCGUGCAGGUGCUGCUGGCACAGGCCGCCCGCAUCAUCUGCCAGGGGCUCGACUACUUCAGCAGCCAGUGGAUAUGGACACUGGUAGUUGGUUACCUGCUGAUGGUUUCAUUCAAGUGGAAUGUAAGCACUGAACGUUACUUAAAAGCAGUCUCUGUUCCUGUCUGGAUUAUGCUGCUCUUUCACUUAGCUUCUGUGGCAGGUUCCUGGAGAAUUCCUGUGUUUCUGGUUAUAGUUGUUCUGAUGACAGUAGGCAUGUUGCAUGAACAGCAGAAUGGAAAGGAGUCUUCUGGGGCAGAGCUUCCUGGUCAGAUGAUUUCCAUUGCUGCUUCAACAAUUGCCAUGGCAAUUUCAAUGACAGAAGAUGAGUCCAAUAAUGAACAUUCCUCCCAACCCUCAGGAGCAAUCGCAGAAGGUGAUCAGCCUCCACCUCCACGAGUUUCAUCAUCUUUCAGCACCUCCUCUGCAUCUGGGAACAGACAAAGACCUGAGAUUGGAUCUUUUCUUAGAAAAAAGAAAACUAGUGAUAUUUACUUUGUUACUCUGGUGUGGGCCAUUGUCAUUGUUCAGAUCUGGCUAAAUUUUUGGAUUGUGCAGCUAUUGCCAGUGCCUUUUGCAGUUUGGGCACUUAAAAAACUCGUGGUUCAUUUUGGAGUUUUGAACUUCAUGGCAAACCACUGCAAAAGUUGGUGGCAACUCAUUGAAAGUUUUGUGAAAGAACGUCAGGAAGCUCUUGCUCCACGGCCCAUCAGAGGACUUGGAAGUGUUAUGCUAAAGCUUGACAGUAAGCUGUGGCACUGGCUUAAUAAGAAGAUUAUCGUGUGGUUGGAGAAAAUGCUAGAUAAAAUAAUCAGCAUUUUCAUAAUAUUUUUGCUGGUGAUUGGAACCCUUCUGCUAGCUCUUCUCCUUACAGCAAAGGUACAUCAAGAGAGUGUUCACAUGAUUCAAGUCACAAGCAGCUUGAUCAAUGAGACAGUAGCCAGUCACCCAGAAUGGGCAAACUGGCUCCCAGAAGCCCAGGUCAUUCAGAAGGCACUCAAUUCUGCAGCUAACAAUGUGUACCAGUAUGGCCGAGAAUGGAUCACACACAAGCUCCAUAAGAUUUUAGGAGAAAAAGUAAAUAACACUGCUGUGAUUGAAAAACAAGUGCUGGAGCUCUGGGACAGGCUUUAUCACUCUUGGUUUGUGAAGAAUGUAACACAUUCUGGAAGACACAAAGGGCACAAGUGGCACAUAAACCGUCAGAACAGCUGGCUUGGAGAUAUUCUGGACUGGCAGGAUGUUGCAUCAUUUGUUCACGAUAACAUUGAAACAUUUCUCUCGAUCCUGGAGUCUCUGUGGAUAGUGAUGAGUCGCAACGUGAGCCUCUUGUUUUCUACAGUUACAGCAUUAGUGACAAUCCUCUUCCACAGUGGGACGGCUCUUCUCAAUUUUGUGCUUUCAGUGGUGAUUUUUCUGACCACACUGUUCUACCUGUUGAGCUCCAGCGAUGAGUAUUACAAGCCAGUAAAAUGGGUGAUAAGCCUGACACCUUUGUCUCAGCCGGGUCCUUCCUCAAAUAUAGUUGGCCAAUCUGUGGAGGAAGCAAUAAGAGGUGUGUUUGAUGCUUCCCUCAAAAUGGCUGGGUUCUAUGGGCUCUACACUUGGCUGACUCACACUAUAUUUGGGAUUAACAUAGUCUUCAUACCAUCUGCGUUAGCAGCAAUCCUUGGAGCAGUGCCAUUUCUCGGGACAUACUGGGCAGCAAUCCCUGCAGUCCUAGAUUUGUGGCUUGUGCAAGGACAGGGAUGCAAAGCCCUUUUGCUCCUGGUUUUUCACCUCUUGCCAACCUAUUUUGUAGAUACAGCAAUUUAUUCAGAUAUAUCAGGAGGUGGUCACCCUUACCUGACAGGCCUUGCAGUAGCUGGUGGAGCAUAUUACCUGGGACUGGAAGGGGCCAUCAUAGGACCAAUUCUACUUUGCAUACUUGUGGUUGCUUCCAAUAUAUAUAGUGCCAUGUUGGUGAGUCCAACAAAUUCUGUGCCCACUCCAUCACAAGCAACGUGGCCAUUACAGAUUUACCGGUCACCUAGAGAGAGUCCCGAGGAGAUGAAAAUGUCUGCAGAGUGAUGGAGGUGCUGGGCUGCACCUACAACUUGAGGGAAUCUCUCUUUUCUGUCUUGGAUUCACAACAACCAUGGCCUUCUGUCUGUUCCCAGCUGUGCCUGGGCCAGCUCACAGGGAAGCAUAGAUCAGGUUUUAGGAGAAAGCACCAGAACAUCUGCUGGCCUUACAUUAUUUUGUAUGCAAAAUGCACUUUACCUCUUCGAGAGAGAAUGUCUAUCUACUUCCCAUGGCUUUGCAUACCAUCACACAGUCAGCUGCCUUGUUGAAGACUUUGAAGGCCUUCUGUCUUAUCAAAAGAAUAGUUAAGAGGACAGGUACAUCCACUGGAGUCAUUAUCUUAUCUGCUGAAAUUACUAACUUGGCUUUUAUUUAUUGGGUUAUUUGUCUUAUUAAACUGUAGUAGCUUUAAAGAAAGCUGUAAUUCCAAAAUAUUUAUUUUUCGGCAAUUUGAUGGCAAAAGAAGGGCAAACCACUCAUUGUGAAAUGAAAGUAUAGUAUAAUCAUUUGUUCCUCCUCAAGGUGUUUCUUUCUAAGCUUCAACCAUCAUCUGUAACUCAUAAUAACACUUAAAUAUUACUCUCUUACAUGCACUGAAAUUUAAUGUUUUUGAAGACUGGUAUUUUUAAUACCUUCCUGAUACUAACAGAAAUGCAAACUGUUAAAUGUGGGUUUUCCUCUUACUGACAUAGGAGGACUUAUUUAAGUAGUUUAAAUCUUGUCCCCAUUUGCAGCAAAACCUGAUAGUAUUUUGCUGUUUAGCCACCCUCCCAGUGGAGUCAUCUUGUCAACUGAAUUUAAUCAAAGGCCUUAAGUGUUUUCAGACAGUAGUAAUGUAGGAUGAUCGCAUCUCCUUCCAGUAAUUGGAAGAAGUUUAAUGGGGAUUGUUUAAUGUUGGUUUCCAGAUGCUGUGUUGAGUUCAAUUCACUGUUUAAACAUACUUUACUACCAGAAAGAAAGGGGAAAGAGCAUGGACUUUGGUUGAGUUUUGUUGGGGUUAUUUUUAACCUUGUAAGCAUCUGGCCAAAGGUCUUACUGAGAUAUAGGAUACAUCUUAAUAUAUUAAAGUAUGUCUUAUUAAUAAACAAAGAUCUUAAAUUUCUGAAAUUAUGUAUUGCCUAGGUCACAGCAUCAGAUCCUCUAGUGUUUUUCUUCCAUGUGUAAUUUUGCUUAAAUUGCAGCUUUGGUGACAUUUAAGGCCUUUUGUAUUGAUUGUCAAAGCAUUUUGACACAAUGGAUCUUUAUAAAUGGAUCCUUUUUGUAAAUGGGAAGUGGGGUUUUUUUGGUAAAUAUUUCAUACUUGCACGGCUUUUCCACAAAUCCAGUGAGGCCCUAGGUACAAAGUAGCAGAUGCACUUGCUUAACCAAAGAACCACCCUUCAGUUUCCAGUAACUUGAAUUGAUUUCAGAGUUUGAUUGAUAAUGAAUUGUACAAAAUACAGGCAUGCCUUGUAUUUCUUGCUGACAGUAAUUCAAUGCUUGAAACAAAGGGAUCUUAUCCAGGAAUAAGGAUAUCUAAGAUGGGUGCGCAAACAGCUUGGUGUAACUGAGAUGUCUGUUUUACUUGAGUUCUGGGAGUGCUGACAGAUUUGGAAGGUUCUUUCCAUGAUAUUGUAUGUGUUUUUACAUUGUUUUGAAAAAUACAUUGCCAUGUAAAGUGAUUUGAAGGUACUCUGGUAGUGAAUAAAGAAGAAAGUCCUGCUAUAGGUUCACAAUAAACAGGCUGCCUAAGAAGACACAAAUAAUCUGCUCCUCAGAUUCUCAAAAUAAGCUUCUGCAGUUUCACUGAUGAUAUUGUAUGUUCUAAGUGUGAGGGGUUGAAUAUACUGUUUGUGCACACUUGCAGGUAUGUGCUUGAGGCCUAAUUUAGUAUGUUGACUCAGGUUUAUCAAAAUAUGGAAACAUCCCAUUUAAUAUUUUAAAUCCUUAAAAAUCUACACAUCACUUUCACCUAACUGGAGAAGAUUGCAUUGCUUGAAUCAAGUAUCUGUUUUAUCGCCUUGGUUUUGUGGCUUACAAAAAGGCUUAAAUGAAAAACAUUUUUAUAAUUGUUGCUGGCUAGGGUGGAGGAUGUGGGGAAAUCUGAGACUUUCCUAAAAUAUUCCUGCAACUUUCUGACCAGCUGGAAUGAGAUCACCAUGAUAUUUAGGCAACUUCCUUCUUGCAUUACUUUUUGUUUAGUUCACAGUUUUGCACUGAAAUGUUGUGUUCUUGUUAUAGCUUCUUGUAGGCAGCAUUUAAAGCACCUCUUUGCUCACUGGUCAAAACGUGUUUAUUGAUCACAUUUGUGAUCCCAUUUUCUGAGACAAUCUUUCAUACUCCUGUGGUACUCAACUUAGUAAUUUUAAAGAGUCAUUAAAAAGCAUUAUUUUGUUUGGUUUUAAGUUUUCUUCUUCCCCUUCAACUGAUUGUCUUAGCUCAAAGAAGAGUCUCUGCUAUGAAGAUCAAAGCCAUGAUUGAGACACUGUUAACUUCAGUAAUGCAAGUGAGCAAAAUCGCCUGAGACGAUAACAUUGCUGUUUUGAAAUGUUCCUUUUCCAAAUCAUUUUAUGUAGAGAAUUUACAUCUGAUGGAAUGUUGUUUAGUUUGUCCUCCUUUGAAAUGAGGCUUCAUUUUGAUGCCUUGUGUUCCAAAUUGAGCUCAGACUUGCCAUGAAGAACCAUCCAUAGUACAUCCUUACUCAGUAAAUGUAGCUUCAGGAGCUCUUGCUGUAGGCUUUACCUGAUUGAGGAACCAACUGUAUGGUUCAGUAAUGGUGUAGUAACAUAUACUGCUAAAAAGAAAAGAAAAAUAAGGAACAAAACUUCCAAUAACACUGUCUUAGAAUGGGAAAUAUUUACUGUGUUUCACCAUGUUUAGAAAAAUAACACAAAAACCCCCAAAACCACAAAAUACCACCUUUUGAAAGGGUGUACAUUAAUUAUUUGGGUUCCAUGUACAGCAAGUGUCUAAUUACCAGCAGAAAUAGACAACCUGGUCAUUGGGUAUUUAGCAAUAUGUAUUAUUUUCUGAGUCUUUCUACAAAGGCUCAGAAACGAAACAAUUUAGUUUAGAUUAGUCUCACAUUAAUGUGAAAAUAAUCAAACUGGUCGUUUUGACUUCUGGUCUUUGAAAAGUGCCAGUUCAUGGUUAUAUUGCCUCAUCUGCAAAAAAAACCCAAACAAACAAACAAAACCAAACCAAAACAAAAAUUUUUAAAAAACCACAAAACCAACAGUUAUAUGGGAUAAGUUUUUAGUAUAUGGAUUGUGGCUUUCAAAAAAAACCAAUCAACCCACUCCCCCUCCAAGAUGCCACACAACAAUCACCAACCAACAGACAAAAAAGCCCCACCACUCUGUGCAGUGCAGUUUUCUUAGGAGAGACCAUCUUUUCUGUAAUGCUUGUAGGCAAGAAGUUGAUGGCCUUUAGCUUUACUGUAACCAGUCAUUCCAGGAGCAGGUACUUAGUAAGUGUAUUUAAAACAUUUGGUGUUCAAUAAUUUAAGAGUUCAGAAGGAAAUGCUCAUGGUAAUGCAAGAGAGUGUGGUCUUAAUGGUAUUGUGAAAUUCAGCUGUGCUGGUUUUUAUAAUUCUCCUUGGGGAAAUCAGGCUUGUUGCAAUUAAGUGUAGUGCCCAAAGGACUGGUAUUGUUUCUGGCACUCAGGUCUGAGUUAGCCUUUCCUUUUUGUACCUUGGCUGAACACUACUGUAGCAGAGCUGUAUGCCAGUUCACAGCCUAGCAUGUUAGCUUCAGGUCACUGUAAAUACUGGCUUAAUUGGAUCCAUGAAGGAGCAAACUGCAAUGGACAAGAAUCUGGCACACAUUCAUUCUGCCAGCCUUACUACAAUAUGGUGGCUUUCAGCACAGGUGCACUGUGACCAGUUGGGAGCAGAAAUGACUUCUUUUGAAAGGUUGCUUAAACAAGAACAGUUUAAUGUUAUAAUAAUACACAUGAUGCACAUUUUUCAGAAGUUAAGUUGAUACCCAUAUGAUCUUCCAUGCCCAGUGCUCUCUGUGUGUGCGGGUUAGCUGUGGUACACUUAGGUUUGUCUGAUUUCAAGCUCUAUGUGGCUUCUCUUAAACACACAGGGUCGGAAGAUGUACUGGAUAUGUAUUUUGUCAGUGAUUAUUGGAAUAGGAAAUCCAUGAUUUGUUUAAUUAAAAUAAGAAAAAAGGACUGUUCAGGGAAAAUUGGAUGCUGUCUCCAGUAUUAUCCUUGUGGGUAUAAGUGUAACUUUUGAAAGAGGUGUAUUGCUGCAAUGUUAAACAUUGUUUUUCAGAAAGCCUGAAAAAACAAAACUGGGUGAAAUUGUUCUCCAGUAAAAGCAGCAGCUGGAUCCUUAGUACUAGGAAUACUGCAGUGUUCCCUUUCCUAUGGGCCUGAUACACUGAGGAUGGAAAAAUACCAUUAUUCUCCUGAGAUUCUAUAGCUUUGCAUCAUUGGUAGUGGGUGUUUACACAGCUGCCUUUAUUCAAAUGUUGUGUUUAUAUUUUACCAUUUAAAAUUUGUCACUGUAGAUAGUGCCACCUUCAUGGAUACUUUCUCUGGAAAUGGCUGUGAUUUCCUUUGUAGGAAGUGAAGGAUGUUGGGAUUGGAGGUAGCAUUCAUUAGGUUUAAUAGCAGAGGUAGCAUUCUUCUACAGAUGCAGUUGCUUACAUUGAAGUUUGCAAUUUUACAAGAGAAAAUUGAUUUGCCAGAUAAUCUUUAUUGAGUGCCAGCUGACAUCUCUUAAAUCUAUGGAUGCAUAAUCUUUAUGAACUCUGUAUUGACUUGUAUUUCAAAGUUUCUUCUUAGUAUUAUUUCCUGCACUUUUUGCUGAAGCCAACUUUGACAAUUUCGUUAUUAUUCCUAUUUGUACAGAGCUAGAAUCACUUAAAACUCUUAACAAGUAUUAGGGAGACUUGAUCUUUAACCUGGUACUGUCUAUCUGUCAGUUUUACUAAGGUACCUUAAUGCUUUAUGGUAAAAUUUUCUAAAAUUGCUUUUAAGUGAUAAAAUUGGAAAUACAAAAAAAAAAAAAAAAAACCAACAGUGUGGAAAAUUAAUUUGGUGGUUUGAAACAAGAAACAAUGCUAGAAGUCAUGUUCAGGGAUUCUACAUUUGGUUUGUAAAUGUAUAUAUUUGUAUGUAGUGUUAUAUAAACAUUGGGAGUCUCUGUCCUAUUCAGACUUUACCUGAAAUUUUGUCUUUUUUUUUUUUUUUUGACAUACCUGAGAACAAAAUAGUGCCUGUAUAUAAUGAAAACAAGCAACAAUUUCUACAAUUCAUGUUUACUUCAUACAGAUAAAGGAAGAGCCAAGCAAAUCCUGGUAGUGUGACUACCACUGUUUUAUCAUAGUUCAUAUAAAGUAGGGAAAAGCUGCUAGUAAUGCACUGCUGAGAGAUUCCUGUUCCUGGAAGUAUUUGCAUACAUCCUCUAAAAAGCUGCCAAAAUUAAUAGGUCUGAUUAAUCUUAAGUUCCCCAGAUUCUUAAACUCAUCCACAUGUCCUCUGGUGUCUUGAUUGGAAUAUGGUUUAGUACAUGGGAGUAUUGCUUCCAUCCCCUUUUGGGAAUUGAUUCCAGGACCUGAAGGCCUUCUUUGAAUGUCCAUACUGAAAUACUAUGUCAAAUUCAGGAAGGAACCGCUAAUUGGAAGUCAGUGCAUCCUUGAUCUGUUCUGCAUAUGGAUGGACAUGGACAAAUAUAAUUCAGAUUGCAUUGAAUUGAAGAAUAGUUUUUUAAAUAUAAAUACUAUUUGGUGACACCAGUGCCAGGUUUGAGUGAGAAGCAGGGCAGAUUUGCUUGUAGCUGGAUGGAUAAAGCAGAGUGAGAAGUCUAGCAUCUAUAUAUAUAUAUGAAGAAUUUUUAGAGUGAUGUUUUUAAAGCAAAAAGUUGAUUUCUUCUCCUGGCCUCACUUUUUACCCACUAGAGUGUCAUGUACAGUGAUACAAUGAGGACCUAAAGUCAGGGAAAUGUUUCAUGGUAUUCAUGUAGAUUAAAUGUAAGAAACAUCACAAAGCCUAAAAGUAGCCAUGCUACAGAAGUUCAUUAGGCUUAAGAACUGGCAUCUAGGCCAUAAGGUUGGGAAAAAACCUCCCAGUGUUUGCUACUCUUCCUGCGAGUCUCACCUAAACCUGAAUCUUUCUCAAGUAUCAAUAAAAACUACUUUUGUAGUAGUUGUUGUUCAUAACUUACUGUCUGUGUAGAUCAGUGUUUUCAGCUUGCCACCUGUCAUCAUGAGUGUAUUCAGCAAGCAUUCAAUUUGUUCAUAUUGUUGCCUUUAAAGAUGGAUUUUCUGUGCUUCAGUGAUGGUUGGACGGUUGAAAACCAAUAUUUUACAUCAGUAGCUAGGUGCUUACCUAUAUAUAUAUAUGUGUGUAUAUAUCUAUGUAUGCACUAUAUAUAUAUAUAUGUGCUAGCUAGCAUUUGAUGUUUUGAUCAAAAGACAGGGAGAUAUGGGAGGGUUGGGGUUUUUUUCCCCUUGGGAAAUUUCACCAAACCAAAUCCAAAGACACUUUUGUCAUCCUAUCCUAAGACUGGCUACACCUACUCAAACCUAACAGCAGACAUUUUGCAUUACAGAGCACAGGUUGCUCUAAAGUGUGUGUUCCUACCAGGCCCUGUGGGGAUUUGGAGCAAUAACUUCUAUUAUAUGUUGACACAGAUUUUGUCUGUACAUGUGAUGCAUCUUCAGAAUGGAACUGUGUUCAAAACUUGUUAUCAUAAUUGGGUUUGGUACAGUACCUGGUUUUGCAUGUAUAAUACUGACAAUAUAACCCCUAUGUCCAUCUGUGGCCCAAUAAAAUGUGUAAGUUAAGGUUGAGAACUACUUGUGUAGACUGCAGAGGUAUUUAAACUAAAUAAUUUUGAUUGUAUGCACCAGUCCUCACCCUAAUAAAAAUGGGUUUUGUAGCAGGUUUAAGAAGCUUUUAACUUGGUAUCGUAUUCACACUGCAGUCCUUUGUAAGCACAGAAUGGUUAAUAUAUUUUGAAAUAAAAUUCCAUUAACAUAAAGAUAA